AUGGGCAUGACUGUCAUCCAGCGAGGUGUGUGGGGUCUACUGCUCUGGCCCUAUAUUCUUACUGUAAGCAUGCCACUAGACUGUAAAGAAGAGCCGGGCAGCCUUACUCGCUGCCCCUCCAUCUCACAAGAGAAACUUCUUGACAGAGUCAUCCAUCAUGCUGAGCUCAUCUACCGUGUCUCAGAAGAAUCGUGUUCUUUAUUUGAAGAGAUGUUCAUCCCACUCCCUUUGCGACUUCAGAGUAACCAGGCUGGCUUUGCAUGUAUCACCAAAACAUUACCGAUCCCCAGCUCCAAAAGUGAAAUUGAACAGAUAUCUGAUAAAUGGUUGCUCCACUCUGUGCUGAUGCUGGUUCAGUCAUGGAUCGAGCCCUUGGUCUACCUGCAGACGACACUGGAUCGCUACGAUCAUGCUCCUGAAAUGCUGGUCAACAAGACAAAAUGGGUUUCUGAGAAACUGGUCAGUCUGGAGCAAGGGGUGGUUGCCCUCAUUAAGAAGAUGUUGGAUGAGGGGACAUUUACCACAACCUACAAUGAACAAGGCCUAUUUCAGUAUGAUACUCUGCCAGAUAUGCUGGAAUCUGUUAUGAGAGACUAUACCUUACUCAGCUGCUUUAAAAAGGAUGCUCAUAAGAUGGAGACUUUCCUCAAGCUUCUUAAGUGUCGUCAAGCUGACAAAUACAACUGUGCAUAA